AUGGACUUCAAGAUCGAUUUUGGCGACAACUCAGGCUUUCAGACCCGUGGAAAGAAAGCGCAAGCGAAGAAGAAGGCCCAACAGGCGGCAUGGUUUGACGACGACAACAACAAUGGCGACGGUCAAGCCAACGGUGAGGGCGGCGACGGCGACAACGGAGCGGGUGGUGGCGGCGGUGCGGGUGGGGCGGGUGGUGGCGAUGAUGGUAACGGCGGCGGCGGCGGUGGCGACGACGAUGAUUGGACCGCGGGAUUUACCUCGAAGAAAGACAAGAAGAAGAAAAAGAAGCAGGAGGAGGAAGAAGAGAAGAGAAAGGAGGAGGAUGCCGCCGCCGCCGCUACAUCAAACACCCUUAAUUGGGCUGAUGAUACCAACGACGCCGCCGCAGACGACGACUGGACAGCUGGUUUCACGACCGCCGGCAAGAAAGAUAAGAAGAAGAAAAAGGGUGAUCCUCCACCAACAUCAGCCUUCCAGGACAUUAGCCUUGAUGAUCCUGCCCCCAAACUCGAGUUCAGUUUUGGGGGAAGUGACUCUAAGAAAGACUCCUUUGGUACCUGGGGUAAUACCUGGGAUUUCUCGGCUGCUGACGGCAAAACGGAUUCUAAGUCGAAGAAGGAUAAGGACAAGAAGGAAGAGACCACUCUGGGCGACAACAAUCCCUGGUCCUUUGGCAAUGCUGGGGCUAAGAAGAAGAAGGCUGGCUUUGACUUUGGCGACCUCGAUUCUACGAAUAACAACGACUUCUCCUUUGACGGUGAUCUCGGUGACAACAAGGCUGCUGAUGACGCCUGGGGUUUCUCGACCGUUAACAAGAAGGACAAAAAGAAAGGUGCAGUUGAAGAAAAGAAAGACGACUUCAGUCUUGACUCCAAAACUGACGACAACUGGGGAGGUUGGGGCGCGACUGGCAAGACCACAAAGAAAAAGGCUGGCUUCUUGGACGACCCGGUCGACAAAAAGGAUACAUCUCUUGACAUUGGUGGAGACAGUGGCUUUGACUGGGGAUUCGGCUCUAAGGACAAGUCCAAGAAAAAGAACCUGAUCAGUGCUCUGGACGAUCCUGAGCCACCUAAGGAGCCCGAGAAACCUGCCGAGGAUGACUGGAUGAAGGGUGCCUGGGGCACGGCUGCCAAAAAGACCACGAAAAAGACCACGAAAAAAACCGACGAGCUUGACGCGUUCCUCAGUAUGGAGCCGGCGCCCGAUCCGCCUCCAGCAGCCGCAGCAGAUGAUAUUUGGGCCACUUUCGAUAGCAAAUCUACAAAGAAAAAGGGCAAGAAGGGUCUGCUUGACGAUGAGCCACCACCACCAGCUGCUCCCGAACCGUCUGCGGUUGAUGAUAUCUGGGGGUCUUUUGGCAAGAAGGACAAGAAGAGCAAGAAAGCCAGUCCGGAAGCGUCUUUCGUCGAGCCUAUCGCUGAGGAGCCAAAAGAAAUGGUGGACGAUCUAGAUUGGGCACUUGGACUAUCCAGCAAGGAGAAGCGACUGAAAGAGAAGGAGCUUAGAGCUGCUGGAAAUUGGCCGCCCAUGAAAGAAAAGGAACCUGACCCGGAGCCGGAGCCGGAGCCACCCAAGGAAAUGGUCGAGGAUCUGGAUUGGGCUGUUGGUCUCAGUUCGAAAGAAAAGAGAGCCAAGGAGAAAGAGCUUAGGUUUGCAGGCAACUGGCCACCCAUGAAGGAGAAAGAGCCAGAUCCGGAACCUGAGCCAAUACCCGAACCAGAACCUUUGGCAGAGCCAGAAAUGGUGGAGGAUCCUGACUGGGACUUUGGCUUGAACUCGAAGGAGAAGAAGAAAAAGGAGAAAGAACUUAGGCUGGCAGGGAACUGGCCACCAAUGAAGCCUAAAGAGCCCGAAGCUGCACCCGAGCCUGCGCCAGAACCUGCAGCUCCGGAAAUGGUCGAGGACACGGAAUGGGACCUGGGACUUUCCUCCAAGGAGAAGAAGAAGAAAGAGAAAGAACUCCGUCUUGCUGGCAACUGGCCUCCAAUGAUGGAAAAGACCGCCGACGACAUUCUGCCUGAGCCCGAACCGGAGCUCGAGCCACCACCGCCUCCCGAGCCUGAAAUGGUUGAUGAUCUGGAUUGGGCUCUCGGCUUGUCGAGCAAAGACAAGAAGAAGAAAGAAAAAGAUCUACGCGCCGCUGGCAAUUGGCCUCCAAUGAAGCCCAAGGAGGCAGAACUCGAACCGGAGCCUGUGCCCGAACCCGAACCCGCUGAGCCAGAGAUGGUCGAGGACCCAGAUUGGGAUUUUGGCUUAUCAUCCAAGGACAAGAAGAAAAAGGAGAAGGAGCUUCGCCUCGCGGGCAAUUGGCCGCCUAUGAAGCCUAAGGAGCCCGAAGCAGAUCUAGUGCCCGAACCGGAACCUGAGGUACCAGCUGUGGAGAUGGUCGAUGAUUUCGAUUGGGAUCUUGGGCUGACGCCGAAAGAACGCAAGAAGAAAGAGAAAGAUCUCCGUGCUGACGGAAAUUGGCCACCGAUGAAGCCCAAGGAGCCUGAACCUGAAGCGGCACCAGUGGUCGUGGAAGAGGAUCUCCUGGGCUCAUGGGGAUUCGGCGGGAGUAGCAAGAAGAAAGGCACUGCGAAGGCUGCCGAGAAAGAGAAAGCUGCAGUGGAUGACAUCUGGGGCACAUUUGCCAAGCCAGCUUCCAAGUCUAAGAAAGGAAAGGAGGAGCCACCGCCUCCGGCACCAACGCCACCAGCUCAAGGUCUAACACCCGAGCCCGAGCCAAUGCUCGACGAAGACGACACAUGGGGCGCAUUCAGUAGUGCCAAGACGAAGAAGAAGGAUUCCCUUGCCAAAACAACCUCCAAAGACAGUUCCAAGUCCAAGGAGGAAGAGACUCCGGCGAAAGCAAGCAAGAGCAUCUGGGGCUUCGGUGCAGCAGCUGCAACCUCAAAGGUGCUGACUAAAAAGGAGAAGGAGGCCAAAGCCAAAAGGGAAGCUGAGGAAGCAGCGGCGAAGGAAGAGGAAGAGCGACUCGCCCGCGAGGCCGAAGAAGCAGCGGCCGCCGAAGCGGCUCGGCUCGAGCAAGAGAAGAACGCGAAGAAGUCCAAGACUGGUAAGCUUACGAAAACAUCAACCAAGGACAAAAAGGCCGAGGAGGAUGCACUGAUCGACAUUCUUGGCGAUCCGAUGCCUGGGGUCAAGUCGAGCAAGGGGUCCAAGCUCACCAAAUCAUCGCCCAAAGAUGAAACGGUUGAGGAGAAGAAGAGCGACGAUUACUUUGGCUUCUGGGGUAGUAGUGGCCCAACGAGCAAGAAGACGACAGCUGGCAAAAAGACCAAGGAGAUUGCCUCCACGGACUGGGCCAAUCAAGACGACGCGCUAGCAGAUCCGACCAAUGAUCUCGACUGGGACCUCGACGCCGCCAAAGCUGCUUCUUCCUCCAAAACAUCAAAGGCCAUGAACGGCGGCAAGCUCUCAUCGUCGUCAGUCAAAGAUCGCAUCAAACAGUUCGACAUUAAGAAAGCAGAGGACGCCGCAAAGAAGUCGAAAGGAGACCUGCUGACUAAGGCCCUGGACGACGCGCCACCAUCGCCUAAAGAGGAAAAGAAGGAAAAGGCGUCCGCCACGAGCAAACUCAAAGCAAAGGACACCAAGUCGUCUUCCAAGAAGAAGGACCUCUCUCCUCCUCCAGUUGAAGAGAAAAAGUCCAAGGAUUCCGUUCCAGGCAGUUUCCCGGGCGCUUUCGGUGACGACGACGAUUCGUUGAAUAUGGGUGGCCCUGCAUCUCCUGAAAAGUCCAAGAAGACCAAGGACCUCAAAACGUCAUCAAAGGUCAAAACAAAGAAGGCCGCGCCCGUUGUUGAUGAUCUGCUGUUCGAAGCUCCCGAGCCACCAAAGCUGCCAACGCCACCUCCCGAGGAUAAGAAGAAGAAGGAACGCCCACGCGUCGAGCGUUCCGCGACCUCAUCCUGGGGUUUCUGGGGCGCUGCUCCAACCCCGAAGAAGACGGCCAAAGCCAAGGAUGAUUCCGAUGUGUCACCGCCGCCCUCCAAGGCUGCAAAGGAGAAGUCCCCGCCUGGCCUGAAGCGCGCCAUGUCGACCAAGACUGCCAAGGAGAAGCAGAAGGAGGAUCAGAAGGAUGCUGACAAAGCCUCCAAGUCCUCUGGCUCUGACAAGGAGUCAUCCAAGAAGACCGAACGUCCCAAGGCUGCUCGUGGCACCAGCUUCUCCAACUUCAUGUUUGGUGGCCCGCCUCCUUCCGCCAUGAAGAAUCGCCCUUCUGCAACCCGUCGAUCAAGCACCGGUGGCGAGUCCCGCUCCUCGUCCAGACGACGCUCAGACGCUGGCCUCAUGUCUCCGCCUCCGGACUCUGAUGUCGACAUGACCGAUAAAGCCGCCAAGCUCAUGGGUGUCAAGACGGCCAAGGUCAGCCGAAAGUCCUCCGUCAAGUCAAAAGGUAUGAAUUCGGCUGCUACCCUGUCCAGGCUCCAUACUGAUCACGUUGCAGUUCCUGACCCCUAUCCGAUCGAUGAUGAUGAUAUGGUCAUGAUUAAUGCCCCUGAGGAGACUCCCAUCAAGGCUAAAGACAAGUCCAAAGCCAAGGCGUCCAAGUCAGAGAAGGUACGCCCCUCUCCCUCUGAACGUCCUUCUUGGUCCCCAGACUUUGUCAAGCACACAUCCGCUGACGGAAAGACUACCUACAUGCAGAAGUCUCACUCCAAAAAAGUUUCCCAUGACGAUGACGUUGUCAUGGUUGAUGCGAAUGCUACAGGCGAUCCACUCGUAACAUCUGGACCCGACGAUAUGGCCUUCGUUGACCAUCCUCCUUCGCUCAAACGCAGUAACACUGCAACCAAGAAAGCCGCCGGCUUCUUUGGCUCUUUCUUUGGUGGUGCAGCAAAGGCAGUUGAGGAGCGUCCGAGAAGUAACACCCUUACUGAUACCGAGGACGCGGCUCUACCCAUACGAUCCAAAUCUUCGAAACGACGCUCACGUGUAGGCGAUGUCGAUGGCCAUACCACCACUGACGCUCCAGCUGAGACAGACGUCGAUGCUGAGGCAAGGAGAGCUGAGCGGCGAGCCAAGCGCGAUGCACGGGAUGCUCGAGACAAGGCCGAGGAGGAGGAACGUACGGCUCGCGAGGCUCGGAGACGAGAGCGUCGUGAGCGUGAGAAAGCUGACCUGGAGGCUCGACGUUCCAAGGCGCGCGACAAAGAGCGGAAAGAGCGCGAAGCCGAGGAGCAGCGACGGGAUGACAAGCGUGCUCGUCGCGCCGCGCGAGAAGCCGCACGGCAAGCCGAUGAAGAUCUUGGCAUGACCGAUGCUGAGAAGCGCAAAGAGGAACGGCGCAGACUCCGGGAGCAGCUCGAAGCCGAGGCUGCGGCUGAUCCUCGCGCAAACAAGGACGAUCGCAAGAAAGCCUUUGAUGAAGAGGAGGAAGCGCGGCGUCGGCGCAGAGAGGAGCGCAAGUCGAAGCACGGCGGCGGCAGUCGUCAUGCCUCGCGCGAUCCACGAAGGUCUUCCGCACUAGUGGAAGAGUAUCACCAAUCGCGCAACAACAGCAAGAAGGGCCAUCUCGCUCACGUUCCCGACAAUGGCAAGACAGGCUCGUGGGUUGAUUCACUCCACGAGGACCCGCCCGACAUGCCUCCUGUCGCGGAAACAGUGCUCGACCCGGCCGGGGAGGCUCCACGCGCUCCAGACGAUGGCUCCAAAGGCUCCGGCGCACGGCGCAAAGACAAGUACGGCGGCAUGACCGACGCCGAGAUCGAUUCCGCGCGGAGAGAGCGCAGGAAGAGCCGUCGCGACCGUGUGGAGAAGACGAGCGCCAGCGGUGGUAGCGACGAGCGGAGACGCAGCAAGCGCUACGUCAAUGACCACGACGACUAUCCUGUCAUGACGUUCGAUGGGAGACCCGAGAUGAAACGCACGGAGAGCAAGAGGAAGAGCUUCUUGGGCGGUCUAUUUUGA